CUCUGACCUCACCAACUUCGCUACUCCCAGACGAUUCAACCACAAGUAUCAAAUGCUACAGAAAAUCAUCGCCGAACCGCCGCUGAGAUUGCUCACUCCGACAGCAAGACGCGUGUCGGCCGCGUCAGGUAGAACAAACGCGCUCAAAUUCUCAACGCGUCUGAGUACCGCCUCGCCACACACCGCAACUUCCAAGACGACCGCUCGCAAAGACACAAUAGAAACCACAUCGCCCGUCGAUGCCAAUGCACAGUCGAGAAAUAGGAAGAAGACUAUAGCGGAGCAGGAUGAGGAGCUGCGAUUGAAGCUCGAGGGCAUCUCAGGAGACGGCGGCGCAUCUGGGGUUGAAUACGAAAGCGGAAAGGCCGAAGGAUUGAAAAGAGGUGUCAAGGAAAACAUGUUCCGGGUCAUAUAAUCCCACCAAACACUUCCAUGGCAGAUUUCAGGAUUUUGGAAAGCUGGCCGUUGGGAUCCAUCAGUUUCGUCUUCCUAGCUUCAACUGACCACAUCAGCGUGCGAUCCAUGCAGCCGACAACAUGAAGCUGUCAGGGCUUCUGUUGCGGUUGAGCUGCCUAAACAUGCCUCUUUGCCUUACUUUACUUUCUUCGGGCAGUCGAAGCAGAUUAUCGUACAAUGGACUGGAUACUGUGGCAAGAAAAUCACUCCCAUCUUACUACUUACUUACUAAAGAGCU